CCACCACCAGCGGCUCCAAAUGAACUCUCCGCCACCAAAAUGAGAUUUUGCUUCCGUCCAAAAUCGUUCAUCUUGCCGGUGCAGUCGAUUCUACAACAACUGUUCAAGCUCUUUGGUCACUUUGUGCCUCUGCUGAGCCAACAAAGGCCAACCAUGUCUCAACGACUCAUACCGAGAGCCUAUAGCUCUCUCACUGCCAUGUCAGCUGCAUCAGGCUCCUCAUUCUCCUCGGUCAUGAUGAUCGGAGGUUUGAGGACAUUCUCAUCGACUUCCAUCCCAUCUCGGCCUCCGCCAAAUGGCUUUGAAUCAUUUGCUGGAUCAUUAGCGAACAUUCUCGGUUCUCAAGCUGCAUCUUCGUCGUCUUCCAAUGGAUCUACACCGCAGACUCAGACAGAGGCAAUGUUGAAAGAUAUGGGUGCGGCAGCGGAUGGAAGAAGGACAAACUUUCAUCCUGGAGCGACCAUCUCGCCGUCCGAAUUGACACGAGAGAGACUUUUCCCUGGGAGCUUUCGACCGAGACGAAAACCACCUCUGUUUGGACCUCAAGAAGGCAAAGCAAGACAACGGGAUCCAUUCAUAUUGGCAAACUCCCAUCCAUUAGAACAUACGUACAAUGCGAGAUUGAUUCAAGCCUUCUUGGAUCCAAUGGGCAGAAUCAAACCGAGAUCUGAAACGCAGCUGUCCAAGAAAUCUCAAAAGCAAGUCGGUAAACUGGUCCGUCGAGCUCGAUCCAUGGGUAUCAUCAGUGUGUGGAACAACUCGCCAUCCAAAGCUGGAUACGGCAGAAUGCCAAGUAGUGGAUUGUCCUUUGACUUUGAGGAUGACUCCUUGUACUAGCGGGACAUGUUGUCCGCACCCAUGCAUUAUACAGCCGUUCAGUAU